AUGAAACUUUUCAUUGUACUAGCACUCUGCUGUAGUUUUUUCUCAGUCAGAGCCAGCCCUCUUCCAUUUGAGUUUUUGAACUGUGAUGACCCUGAUGUCUUUAAAGCUGUCGACACAGCAUUGAAGAAAUACAAUGGAGACAGAGCAACUGGUAACCAGUUUGCUCUGUACAUGGUGAUGGAAGCCAAGAGAACUGCAGGUCCUGACACACAAUUCUAUGUGAAAUAUCGAAUACAUGAAACCACUUGUGCCACUGAGGAAAACAGACUCUGGCGAGACUGUGAUUACAAAGUACCUGCAGAGGCUAAAACAGGAGAAUGCACAGCUCAAGUUCAUAUGAAUGAUGCUGAAAAAAACAGUAAUGUUUCGCAAGACUGCAAAAUUUUUUCAGCAGCGCCAAGGGUAACAGUUGCUGAGGCUCCCUGUCUUGGAUGCUUCCACCCUAUAUCAAGCGACAGUUCAGAAGUGUCAGAAAUCCUGAAACAAGCCAUUCAAAAGUUUAACAGGCACAGUGAUGAACCCGCCCUUUUUAAGCUUGUGGAAAUAAAAGAAGCUAAAAGACAGGUGGUAGCUGGAUGGAAUUACAUAAUUAAAUAUGAAAUAGAGGAGACUAAUUGCUCCAAAGACCAAUUUCAAGAUUUAACUCCAGAGUGCAAAACCACUUCCAGAGGUCGUGUAGGAAAAUGUGAAGCCAAAGCAUACAGAAAUCCUCAGGCGCAGAUUCUGGAUACUGCAAGCCAAUGCAAACUUCCAGUUGAUGACACGGUAAUUCCGGCCACUCGCUCUGGUUGUCCAAAGACUGUCCCAAAAGACAGUCCAGAACUGAAGGAACUACUGAAGGUUUCUAUGGAGAAGUAUAAUUCGGAGAGCAAUGAUGAUUUCCACUAUAAAGCUGGACAAAUAAGAACAGCAGAAGUUCAGGUGUUUGCAGGACAAAACUACCACUUAACAUUUUCAAUCCGGAAGACAAACUGCUCAAAGGAAGAGUUUGAAACACUUAAUGAAUACUGUGAAGCCACACCAGAAAGUGUAUCAGUGCCAUGUGAAGCACAAAUUCACGUGAUCCCAUGGGAGAAUAAAAUCUUUCCCCAGGUUAACUGCUCUCAAGAACGGGCAAUGUCUAUACUUCUAAGAAGGCCUCCUGGAUUCACACCUUUCCGAAGCUUUGCUGCGCUAGAUGGGCCAAAGGAAAUUUUAUGUUUUGAUAAAAAUGAAGAAGAAAGGCAAAGUCCUGGAAAAGAAAUGAGAAAAGAUGUUGGACAGGAACCAGAAGGUGAAGGUGAACCCGAGCACAAACACAGGCAUAAGCAUGGGCACAAACACAGGCAUAAGCUCAGGCAUGGAUAUAAAAAGGACCAUGAGUCUGUCAAAAGGCAUAAGCAUGAAACUGGUUGUGGGCACAGCACUGGCCAUGGGUGUGGGCAUAAAAAACACAGUAAAACGGGUAAAUAUAAGCAUCUAAACCCUAAAUCUUCUGAAGAGUCAAAUGAAAAGGUUUUUAAUCAAAACCAAACUCUCCCACCAUCCAGUGGUGAAACAGUAUCAGAACUAGUUAAUCCAGGGGUUGCAAGAGUAGAAACCAGUACACUUGCAGAAUCACUAAUUCUUCCUGAUACUUCUUUAUUUAAUGGGUUGCCAGAUCGCCCAGGACCUCCUCUCGCUAGAUGCCCUGGAAAAUCAUGGAAACCAAUCACGAACCUUCCAGCUCCUCCCAGCUUUCCCAGAGAAUUCACGAAUGAGGAUCUCCUGCCCUCCACAGCAGAAGAUGUUGAUCCAGCACCAGAAGACUCAACAUCUCCCCCAAAUGAAGACUUUGAUCUUUCAGAUGCUUUACUAUAA